GUAAAAAGUAAAAAAAAAAAAAUAAACCCACAAGAAGAAAACCAAAUCCAAAAGGCAAGCAAAAGCAACCUCCGAAACAAAUUUGCUUUUCUUUUAAUAAUUCUUUAUUAAAAAAAUAUAAAUAAAUACUAUCUAAAUUGAUUCUAUGAAAAAAUAAAAAGGAAUUACACUCAUCAAAUCGCAAGACGAGUUAACCAACGUAAAAGAAAAAGCAAAGAAAGAUUCUUGUGCGUGGCAACCUAAUCACAGACCGAAAACAGUCAAUAUGCAAGGUUCUCCCGAUGCAAAGAAGCCCUGCAAAGGUAUUCUAAAAACUUCCAGCAGUUUUGAUCGCCAUUCAGGGUCAGGAGCAAGUUACAGAAAAAGCGCUAAAUUCGAUGAGCUUAAUGUCCUACAGACCUAUCAUCCCCCAGACAAAGAUUAUGGUCACAUGAAGAUUGAAGAACCAAAAACUCCUUAUAACUAUGCCGAAGUCGAUCCGGAAAACAUUGAUCAGCUCGAUGCUGAGUUGCUUGCUGAAAAAUUAAUGAUAGCUGCAAACACUCGAACAUCUUCAUUUGAAGAUGACGACGACGACGAAGAAGAUUCAUCUGAUGACAAUCGCGAUGAGACUGAGGAACAAAAAGAUAGACGAAUUGCAUUCGAAAGACGCCGCAAAGCUCAUUACAAUGAAUAUGAAGCAGUUCGACUUGCUCGCAAGCUCAUAGAAGAAGAAGACGAUGAUGACGACGAAGAUGAUAGCUCUGAUAAACAAUCAAACAGAAAUGCAUCAACGAGCAGCAAAGAAAUGGAUGUUGAUAUACAAGAUGACUCGCAACAACACCCAUCGCAAUCUUCCCAACACUAGUGUUUAUAAGCCUAGUUGUUACAAUGGACUUUAUAUAUUUAUAAAAAAAAAAACUCUAACUCUAAAUAUAAUAUCUCUCAUUUAAUUAACUGAAAGUAGAACAAAACACACAUAAAUUACAUUAAAUAUAUUUUUAAAAAUAUCAUUUUUAUUUAAAAAAAAAUAUAACAAAAAUAGAAAAAAAAAGUAACAGAUUACAAGGUUAACUACUAGAAUAUCAUUUAAAGUUAAUAAUGUAUAUUUUCGAAUACAAAUACUUAGAGUAGUUUCAAAGAAAUUCGCUUUUAUCAUGAACCGCAGGCGGUUUUAACUAACAACAUACCAGAAAUAUACAAAUAUCUAACAUCUCAUUAUAUUUAACUGCUUUUGAAUUAAAAUCAUUUGAUUUUUUUCUUUACAUACAAAUGUGUAUAUGGACUCAUUGAUAAAAUCUUAUAUUUUUGCUACUCAUCUAGGUUUGAAUUUGCCAUUUAUACUAAAAAUAAACAACAAAUCAUUUGCUUUUUCAGAAAUAUGUAUCAUUUUUUUUUCAAUUUUUCUUAACCCAAAAGCUAAACAACAUACUUAUAUUUAAUAAAAUGGUUAAAGAGUUUAUUCUUUGACCCUCAAAAAUGUGCCAGAAAAAUUGUAUUUCAUUGGUAGCUAAUUAUAGACAUAUAUUUUCAAAAAGUCGAACUUUUUAAAAUUUUUUACUUUAUUGGUACAUAAAGUCUCCCAACAAUUCUGUAGAUCAAUAGAACAAUUUGAAUCGAGAUACAGCACGACUCUCGUUUUAAGAUCGAUUUUUAAAGUUGAAACGUUUUUUUAAAUCCAUUUGAAAAGUUAAAAAUGUUAAAUAAUAAAUUCAACUUGAAUUUCGUAUGAAAGUUUAUAUUUCGGUGCUAUAAAUUGUAUUUACAUUGAUACUUGAAGCUGCUAAACUAUUUUUGAGUCUUGUUCAAAAUAUAAUUUCAACAAGCAAUCUAGCUAUUUGAAAAAAAUAAUCAGAAUAAAUAACUUCUUCCAUGCUAUGCACUAUUAUAAAAGUGCUUAGAAAAAACAAACACACAAUGAUCGAGGUUUCCUCAUGUUAUUAUAUUGCACCCAUUUCAAAUUAAAAAAAAAAAAACAACAA